AUUUUUGUGACCGUUGUCUGUGUUAGAACUAGUACCAACGAUCAUCAUGUUGAGAUACGUGUUGUUUGCAUUGGUUGUUUACAAAAGUGUUGAAGCAUAUAUUGGUAUAAUACCUGAAGAGGAAAAACCGGCUAAGUUUGCUGAUCAAGAAGGGUGCUACUUUUCAAAAUUUGAUCGCGUCCUUCCAGUAGGAGUUCCUUACACUCCGAUAGAUGGCAGCACUUGUGUUAAGUACACUUGCCAGGAAUCUAAAAUAAUAACUGAAGAAGGAUGUGGCGCAAAAAGAAUUUCCACAAAUUGCGAACAUGGUCCUGCCGACUACACUAAACCAUUUCCCGAUUGUUGUGAAAAGGUUCGCUGCACUCUGCCCGAUGGACGAAUCGUUGAAGCUUAGAAAAUCAUCCGAGUAAAAUGCUGACCAAUUCACUAACUUUGUCGUUCAUAUUAGCUGCCUAAUAUAAUUCAAAACUAAUUAAAAAAAUAAUAAUUAAAUAAAAAAACACCUCAUUUUACGUAAUCCGUAAAGCUUGAUUGCUAAUAAAAAUCACAAUCUCAUCAUACAGUAGGUAAAUGAUGUUUCUCAGUUGGUUUGAAGUUAAUGACCAAAUUAGUGAAUAGGCCAGCUGAUCGUAUAUAAUUUUUGGUAUUUCUUUUUCAAUCAUAACAUUUACGGCAUUUGGCAUUAAUAAAGAAACGUAUAUUAGA